CCCCUUUUUUCACUUCCAUGUGUGAUUGCGCAGAGUCACCCACCCCCUUCUUCUGUUUGCACCGCGUGCUACGCUUCGAUUUUCAGUCUAUCUGCUUACUCUUAUGUCGCUUUGCGUGGUUCUACACGACAUACGCUCGACCGAAGUGGCUCUAUCGUUCGUGAAAUAUUACGCAUAAGAGGCAUUCUGGACGCAGGAUGAUCGUCAGAUUCGGGAUCAAGUCGUACGAGGUGGAGUCUCGACUCCCGAUCUAUACACCCACGCCAGAUCCCCCGGUGCUUCUCCACCGGCCUGCCAAUAGGAAUGCCGUCCCUUCCGCGCCUGCCAUCAAGAUCUCUUCCCCUCUUUCUAGAUUAUCAUCUGAAGCCGCUGGCUCGGCCGACGACACUGCACAUAAUGGCGCUGGCGUCAGUGGGGGCAAAAGUCCGAAAAGUGUCGGGAUUGCUCGGUUUACAGAGGAUCAUGGUAUCGAAGACACGGACAAAGACAAUGGACCACAGGAUAUCCACUCCUUCAAAACCCCAAGAUUCGUGGAUAACCGUCAUCAACAGCAAUACCCAUCUUCAUCCGUCGCAUCGCCUACUAUGCCGGCGACAUUUGGUCCGCCUUCGCCAGCGACGUUAUCGAUUCCAAGGGGACCAGAACUGAAGAGAGGGGCGAGCGGACAACAUGUGGUUACAUUCCAGACCCGACCCCGUGGCCUGACCGGCGACUCCACGAAUUCUGAGGCGUAUCCGACAUUUGCAGCGUAUCGCCAAGCUCAGCAUGCCAACUUUGAUGCGUUCGCCCAGCGUAUCCGGAGGGCUCUUGAAACAGCUAACGUGCAGCAACAAAGAGAGCAACAGGCACGGAUAGAGCGAGAAGAAGGACAGCAGAAGGAGCAAGAGCUUACCAAGAUAGAGGGGCAAGAGGGACACCAGGAUGGCUCGAACCGCGGCGAAGCGCAUGAGCCAGUAAUGUCGUUAGAUUCAACCGCUGUCUCAGGGGCUAUAACGUCAGCUAUAUCUCCCAACACGUUAUCGGUAGUUAGAGGAGGGCGGCCACGCUCUGGAUCGGCUGCCAGCAUGAUCAGCAACCUGUCGGAGAAGAUUCGUUUGGGCAGCAACUUCUUUGGGCGUACUGGUCGGUCGAGAGCAGGGAGCGAUGCCAGUGUACUGGCCUCGCCCACGUCAGCCAUUGCCUCAUCAGGUGUGCGCAUGUCGCAAUCUUCGGGCGGCUCGUCUUCAGCAUCGCCGACCGUUGCCCCAGCACUGGAAGGAUCACCUUUGUCCUCUAUCACGACAAUGGUAGCAAUCGCCUCAGCUGCUGCAGUAGCCUCGGCUAUGUCAAUACCUCGAUCUUCAGCCUACAGUCUAGAUAUGGAACCAGAUGUUGACGGUGCUGGAACAACCGAGGACGCAGGAAGACGGAAGGAAGCAUCACAAAGGCAGCGUAGGCACUCAGGGCUCGCACAUCCUUUGGCAGAGACCAUGCAUGUAGACGAAAAAAGCGACGACAGCGAGCAACCAAUGAAUGGCGUGAACGACCGUGAAGAGAGCGCGGUAGCGCUGGACGCCCCAAGCGGGAGGGGUUUAUUAAACCAGCAGAAUCAUCGCCAUGGCCAAAAGUCAUUAUCGAACGAUACACAUGUACAAAUCCUGGGGAGUAAUAACGUGGAUAUCCAACACGAGCGGCGGAAAGACACGCAAUAAUAUUAAAAAAUAAAUAUGUCAGUUUCAAUAUUGAUAGAGAUAUGCAUCCCCAGUGUCGUCUAUGCCACU